AUGGAGAUCGACAGUAAAAUCAAGGCGUACCGCUUCGUCGGCUACGCGGCUGUUUGCUUCUCCACCGUGUCGAUCGUGUCGAUUUGUAUUAUGCUGCCCAUGCUCUACAACUACAUGGGAACCAUCAAGCAGCACGCGCACGCCGACCUAGAGCACUGCAAGGCCCAAAUUAAGGACACCUGGACGGAGGUCUACCACAUGGGAGCCCAACCCCUCAACACCAACCACACCCGUGUGGCUCGCCAAGCCUCGCAACCUGGUGACGACGGAGAGAAGGGCAAGGCCGGAUGCGAUGGAGAGGCCGGAGUCGGCGGUGAGAAGGGAAUGUGCCCCAAGUACUGCGCCCUGGACGGCGGCGUCUUCUUCGAGGACGGCACGACGAGACGC